UCAUUCUCGCUCUCAUACCAACUUCACUGUUUGUUUACGAGUACGAUACCUAUUGAUUUUAUAAUUUUAAUUUAUUUAGCUAAUUUUACAACUUGAUAUAUUAAAUAUGGGUCAAGGCAAGAGUCAGUUUACAGAAGAAGAGCUUCAAGAUUAUGAGGAUCUCACUUAUUUUACUAAAAAAGAAGUACUAUAUGCUCAUCAGAAGUUCAAAGCCCUAGCGCCAGAGAAAGUGGGCCACAACAAGAAUGCCAAGCUGCCCAUGGCAAAGAUCCUCCAAUACCCAGAGCUCCGGGUGAACCCAUUCAGAGACCGUAUCUGCAAGGUCUUCAGCUCAAACAAUGAUGGAGACUGCACAUUUGAGGACUUCCUUGACAUGAUGUCAGUUUUCAGUGAUACGGCACCAAAAGCUGUCAAAGCUGAACAUGCUUUUAGGAUAUUUGAUUUUGAUGGUGAUGACAUGAUAGGCGUCUCAGACCUACGUGAAGUGAUUGAGAGGCUCUGUGGCCAGGAGCAUAAGCUCACCGACUCCGAGAUCCAGCAGUUAGUUCAGAAUGUUCUGGAAGAAGCUGACCUGGAUGACGAUGGAGCCCUAUCCUUCGCAGAGUUUGAGCAUAUUAUUGAUAAAAGCUCCGAUUUCUGCCAUUCGUUCAGAAUAAGACUGUGAAAUAGUAGACCUCAGUGGUGUCACAAAACAAUGGAUGAAUACUCAAGUAGAAAUCUCAAAAUCAACACAUUUUAAUGCAUUUAUGUACCUAGAAAUAAUGUGAAGUGAAGAGGCUGGUAAAUUUUAUUACAUUUUUAAUGAUUUUGAUGUAUAAUUAGGUAUUUACUCAAUAUAUUCAGGUUUCUGUAUUAUGUGAUAAUGUCUUCCUGUUAAUUUUUAGCAAUUUUUAUUUGUAUAGAUAAUUUUCUGUGUUGUGAUAUUAUGAAUCUGUGUAUUUAUAUAAUUAUAUAAAAAAAAAAACAUAAUAAAAUGAUAGAUCAAUUUUUA